GGAGUUCAGUGCCUGUGACCAGUAGCAAUGCUUCUGCAUUUUCUACUUCUUCUGGAGGAUUUAUGGAUUUAGACAAAUUCAAGAAGCCUGAAGGAAGCUGGGAUUGUGAGGUCUGCUUGGUCCAAAACAAAGCAGAAGCCACAAAAUGUGUAGCCUGUGAAAGCGCGAAGCCGGGCACCAAAGCAGAGCUCAAAGGUUUUGGUACUGCUGCUGUGUCCACAAAUGCUGCAGUGCCAUCAUUUACAUUUGGAGUCCAGUCGUCUUCCUCUGAAUCUUCUCAUACAUUAGGUAGCACAGGAAAUUUUAAAUUUGGAGAGCAAGGGAGCUUCAAGUUCGGCAUUGCAUCUGAAUCUGCGUCCUCCAACGCUGUGACUGGGGGAUUUAAGUUUCCUACUAGUUCAGAGGACUUCAAAUUUGGAGUUUCUUCCUCAGACUCUAAAUCAGAAGACAGUAAAAAAGAAGGUAAAAGUAACAGUUUUACCUUUGGACUUCCAUCUACAAGCAGUCAGGCUCCUUCAACAUUUCAGUUUGGGACAGCGAGCCUGGGACAGCAGGAAAAGAAAGAGGAACCAGUUUUGGGAGGCUUUGGUUUUGGCACGAAUUCUACUUCUUCCAUAGCUACCAAUGAGAAUAAAACCGGGGUCAGUGGCUUCACUUUUGGAACUGUGGCAGAAGAGGAGGUAGCAACACCUGCUCUUGCAUUUAAGAAGCCAGAUGAGAAAAAGGAUGAAACUCUUCCAAAAAAGGGGAGCUUCUCUUUUGGCAAUGUGGAGCCUGCACCUGCCUCGCAGUUUGUUUUGGGAAGGACAGAAGAGAAACAGGACUCUGUCACUUCUGGUGUUGCAUUAGCAUUUGGAAAGAAAGCUGACAAUGAAGAGUUAAAGGCACAACCUAUCUUUUCAGCUGAGACGGCUGAGCAUACCAAAGAGGAGAGCACAGCAAAACCUAUAUUCAAUUUUAGUUUUGUUAAACCAUCGGAGAAGGAAGCUGAGCAGGCAAAGCCGUCGUUUGCAUUUGGGGCACAAACCAGUACUUCAGAUCAAGGAGCAGCAAAACCAUCCUUCAGUUUCUUGAGCUCAAGUUCCUCCAGCACAGUUUUACCCACCACUUCAGCCAACAGCAGCAGUGUGUUUGGCAGUGCCAUCUCUUCCUCAAAUCCUCAGCCAGUUCCCGCUCCCUUCGUGUUUGGACAACCCAGCAACACUGUGAGCAGCUCUGUUUUUGGCAAUUCUGCAGAAUCUGCAGCCUCUCAGUCGUUCGGCUUCUCUCAAGAAAACAAACCAGCAACCACAUCUUCAAGCACUGGCACGGGUCUUGCUUCCUUUGUCUUUGGUUCGGGAGCCAGCGGUACCAAUACAGCAAAUUCAGGCUUUACCUUUGGAGCCACAACCACAUCAAGUACAACAGGGUCGUCCUCUUCGUUUCCGUUUGGCUCUGGGCCUCUGGCGCCUGCUGCCGGCCCAGCAUUUGGUGCCAGUCAGCCACCAGCAUUUGGCCAGAGCCAAGGGUCCAGCCAGCCAAGUGCUCCCAGUUUUGGAACGUUGUUUUCAGCGGGCGCUCAGCCUGCUCCUCCUGCCUUCGGCUCGGUGACCAGCAGCACUCAGCCCGCUGUGUUCGGACAGCAAGCGACCCAGCAGCCAGGGUUUGGCUCUGGUACCCCCAGUUCUGGUCCUGUAUUCCAGUUUGGAAGUAAUACUCCUAAUUUCAACUUUACAAACAACCCCCGAGUAUUUACUUUUGGUGCAAAUUCUGCACCAGCAGCACCGGCACAGCCUUCCGGCUCUUCGGGAUUUUCGUUCAGCCAGCCUCCAGCAUUUACAGUGGGGACUAAUGGGAAAAAUGUUUUCUCUGCCUCUGGAUCUUCAGUUCCUGGUCGGAAGAUAAAGACUGCAGUUAGACGUAGAAAAUAAUCGCCCGCUAAAGCAACUUUGGAAGGAGCUGCUGCCCUGCAUCGUUCAGUGGUUGGAAUCGUACCUCAUGCUGGGUUAGCUGAAGUCAGAUCUGCUUAAAGGAAUAAAAAACUCUGCUGCCCUUCCCUCCCGCCUCCCCAGUUAGAUGAUUUUUUUU